UAACUACGCUACCUUUUCUGGUUGACUAAGAGAAGAGAAGCCUCUAUCUGCAAAUAGAGAUGCAAUUGCUCACAAUUCUUCAUCAUCUUCUUCCUUUUGCUGUUACUGCAAAAGAGAAAAAGGAUGGAGGCAGAGCAAGCCACAUCAGGAGCUAACAAUGGAAUCGGAAGCUUAUACAUGAAAGUGAUGACCGAUGAACAACUGGAAAUGCUGCGGCAACAGAUAUCGGUCUACGCCACCAUCUGCGACCGCCUGGUUGAGAUGCACAAAUCUAUCACCACUCAGCAAGACCUCGCAGGAAUGAGGUUAGGGAAUUUAUACUGUGAUCCUCUCAUGGCGUGCUCCGGCCACAAGAUAACGGCGAGGCAGCGGUGGACGCCGACGCCUCUGCAACUUCAAAUUCUGGAGCGUAUAUUUGACGAAGGGAAUGGCACUCCAAACAAGCAGAAGAUCAAGGAGAUAACCCUUGAGCUUGGCCAACAUGGCCAGAUUUCAGAGACUAAUGUCUAUAAUUGGUUCCAGAAUCGAAGAGCACGUUCCAAGCGCAAGCAACUGCUUCCCUCCCAGAAUAAUCUAGAAGCAGAAGCAGAUGUAGAAGUAGAGUCUCCAAAGGAGAAAAAGAUGCCUGAAAUUCAAGAAACAAUUCAUCAAGUUCCUUCCUAUGAGAACUUGUCCCACAGUCCUGAUAUAGGAUUUGAACAACUGAUGAGUAAACUAGAAACUGGAGGCUGCUAUGGUUCUUAUUUUCUUUAGAGAUGUGCCAAUUGAUUGUGGAUGGUGCUAUCCCAAAAUAGGAGAUUUCAUCCAGCUGAACAUGUUGUCUAAGUCUAACCACAAGUGAUGUGGCAUAGCAUAUAUAUAAAGUGUAUUCAUAUAUGCGUAUUGUAGAAACUAUGGUUGGUGCUUUCAAGAACUAACUACUGCUUAUUAUACAUCA